AUGAAGAUUCUUUGCCUCCACGGCGCUUACGGUAGUGCCAAGGCAUUCCGCACGCAACUUGACCCCUUUGUCUCCAAACUGGAAAAUACGGGCAAUAUCAGCUUCAAAUUUGUCGAUGGCCAAUUUCCAGUCGACCCCCCCGAGGGGUUUGGAGAUUAUUUUGGCCCCCCGCCAUACUAUCGCAACAUUGACUUUGACGGUGUUGACGGGCUUGCCAAGCUAGUCAACAACCUGCGCGCUAUCACAGAUGGAGAGUCAUAUGAAGACACUCUGAGAUCUCUUCUCCAAGGCGACGACUCCAGCGUACCGGGAGAGGAAACCAUUGGCAGGACAUUUGCCCGCAUCAAGCAGUACCUGGACGAAGAUGCUGAAAUUGAUGGCAUUCUCGGCUACUCUGAAGGAGCCACGGCCGCAGCUUCGUUCAUUUUUCACGAAGCCCAGCAAGAGGAAGAGCAUGGUACGCCACGCAGAAUCAAGUUUGGCAUCUUUUUCGCCGGUUGGCCGCCCACCAAAGUCGAAAACGGCAAGGUCAAGGCUGUCUUGGCUGACGAGUGUGAGGACAUGAUUGACGUGCCGACAUGUCACAUUGUCGGCAGCCUGGACCCCUACCUCUAUGGCGCAAUGUCGCUCUAUGGGGUCUGUAAUGGGGACAACGCGACACUGUUUGACCACGGAAAGGGGCACACUGUUCCCCGUGAUAACACAACCAUUGACGAGCUGGUCGCGUCCAUUCUCAAGACGAUAGCAGCCGCAAACUUGUAA